GUGCUCCCCCAUCAGCUCGAUUGGGCGGCUCAGAACUCAGAAGCUUUAGAGCCCGUUUGCUGCCGCUUUUGAUCCCGAUCAGAGAGUGCUGCAGAAUUCUUCUUUCUCUUUUUCGGGGAAUUUUGUGUCGGACUGAGUGGUGUUUACAGAUGAAUUUGUAGUUUUUUUAUAGUUGCUGUUUUUUUGCUUGGUGAAAUCUGUUGCUGAGCGGAGCUUAGAAGGGGUGAUUUGGAGGAUUUAGGUUUCAGAUUUUAUCUGGGACGGAGCGGAAGCGAUGAACAGUAGCGUGGAGACGGUGAAUGCCGCGGCUGCUGCUAUGGCCUCAGCGGAGAGCCGAGUGCAACCGGCCACGGUUUCGAGGAGAAGAUGGAGUUCCUAUUUCAAGCUAUACUGGUGCUUUGGAUCCCAUCAUCACGGCAGACGCAUCAGCCAUGCAGUCCUCGUUCCCACACCACCACCACAACAGGUUACUGCUCCUCCACCGGAAAUCACCAGCCACCCACCAUCCCUUGUCAGGCCAUUCAUCGCACCCCCUUCUUCUCCUGUUUCUUUCCUGCAGUCUGGACCUCCAUCCGCCACUCUAUCACCAGCUGGUGGAAUAACUCUCUCUGCUCUUUCUGCUGACAUCUACUCCCCUGGUGGCCGUCCUUCUAUCUUUGCCAUUGGACCCUAUGCCAAUGAAACUCAGUUAGUCUCACCUCCAGUUUUCUCAACUUUCACCACAGAACCAUCUACCGCACCCUUCACUCCACCCCCUGAAUCCGUUCAAUUUACCACUCCCUCUUCUCCCGAAGUUCCAUUCGCAAAACUUUUGACCUCAGUUUAUUCCAACUCCAAGAAAAACGUUUCACAAGAGCUCAAUUCUUACCAUCUUAUAUCGCCGAGCACCCUUCCUUCAGGCACUUCAUCUCCUUUUCCUGAUCGCGAGUUCCAUUCUUCCCGAACGGGUUCGUUUCCCAAACACAUGGACAGAACAGAUUUCCAUGAGCUGGUUACCCGCCGUGCCUCUAGGAACAGCCACUCUCUUUUUAAUGGACAGAACACAACGCUCAACCCAACUAUGGAUACAACCAGUAAUGGCCAGGGAAAUGAGCCUGCUUUGGCUCAUAGAGUGUCGUUUGAGCUAACUGCGGAAGAGGUGACACGAUGUCUGGACAGAAAACCAAUUCUCUCUUCUGAAGCUGCAUUGGAAUUUCCAGUUCCUGUGAGCAAAACCUCAGUUGGUAGGGAGCAGGACGAAGCUGAUGGCAUUCAUGAUGACAUUUCCUUUGUUGGGACCUCCAAUGACUCCCCGAGCUCUGCUCUGUUAGCCGUUAAAGAAUUCAAAUUCAGCAAUUCGGAGAGAGUGGAAUCAGACUGGUGGGCAAAUGAGAAAAAAUUCGGGAUGGAAAAUACUACUAAGAAUAACUGGGCAUUUUUUCCCUUGAUCCAGCCUGGGAUGAGCUGAUCAGUACUUUUUGUCAUAUGACCUUGAAAGCACGAGUUUUUCAGCAUUUAUAUCUCGGGGUUGCUUUCUGUUUUUAUUCUGGUUCAUUGCUAAAAUUUUGGGGGGCAUGCGAUAUUAGAGGGAAUUUCCAGGUCCAAGUGAGAACAAUGUGAUGAAGUUGAUUGCUGUGUUGUAUAUAUAUAUUUUUAACCAUUUUAGAAGCAACUGAAAUGUUUUGUACAUUAUACUGCUGUGGAUUUAUGCAUCCCCUGCAGCAUAUUUUUCUCCAAAGGUUAAACUGGUAUUUUGCUGUAUAUGCUUUCUAUUCUAGUGCCCUGCAAUAAGUAUGUAUGCAUCUCUCUCUCUCUCUCAAAGCCACGAAUAUGUUUUU